AUGCGCUCAUUAAUACAUACAUCCAGUCGUCUGAUUAUCUCUCAACCUAAAAGAAACCGCCUUCUUCACAUCACAUAUUUUCGUGCGCGCUUGCUAUCGACAUCGUCCAGUUGGACACACGAGUCUUUCGAACUACCGAUUGGAAACAAUGGAAGCAUAUCAAUAAGUGUGACGCGACCUGAGGCCUCAAGUUCGCCCACGCAAAGCAAUUCGCGCUCUCAAGGGCCGAAUGUCAUCCUGUACCUCCCGCCAGGCCCCUUGUUCCAGGGACACGCAGAUCGCGCCCGGGAAGAUGUCAAAUCGCAUGAUUCAACGCUAAAAAAUCGAGAAUGGGUCAUCGACCCUGGACCCGCUACUGGGUUAAUACCACAGCAGACUCUGGCCUCUACCACAUCCGCUACAGUCGUAACAGUCAACUACCGACUCGGCGCGGUGUCGCCGCCGACAUCAAAUGAAGAGACAAUCCAAAAUUCGGGUCAAACGCCACCCCUACCAUCAUCAUCGUCACCGAGUCAUUCCACUUCUCAGUCUCAGAGCAUAUUCUACAAAUACCCAACCCCAAUCCACGACACCCUCGCCGCAUUCGACUGGAUCCAAACUCAUCUCCAACCGGCACAGCUCGGCAUCUUCGGCUCACACAUCGGGGGAUCACUAGCUCUCAUGCUAGCCCUAACAGAAGCCCAGUCUGUGAAAGCCGUCGCAUCGAUAAUGCCCGUCUGCGACUGGCCUGGUUUAGAUGAGUACUGCACAACCGAGCAGCUCAGUGCCAGCGCUAGCGGUGACACGACUGACCAAGCGUCGCAAGGGAAACCGACCAAAAGAGCAUCUAAGAAGAAAACACCCUGCGCCACCGCACCUGCAGAUCUAGUUCCACUACUUGCUGCACGCGAAGCAUUAUUCGCUUCCCCGGAGCGCUGCUUCGACGCGUUCGCUUCACCGAUAUUAUUCCUCCGCUCUGCGGGUCGCGAUGUACCCCGGUCAUUCCCGGAGUACAUGAUCGGACCCGAAUAUCCCAUCCCAGUCCUGAAGACCCCACAGCACAACACACUAGACGCCUCACUAUCAAACCCAGAAUUCGACCCCCUCGCUGCAGAAGAAGAUGAACUCAGCGAAGCGGGCCACCCGACUAUUCGACGCCGCAAAGCGUUGUCCCGCUGGCCACCCUACGGACUGGACUACGGAGCCGGAGGCCGGGGGUGGGGUGGUAAUGGGGUGCGGAGGUUACAAGUGACUCUGCCUUGGGUGAGGGUUUAUGUUGAGGGGAAAGAGGGAAACGAGAAUGGGAGUGUUUUGGCGGAGCAGGGGGAGGAGAUGGUUUCCGUUAUGCGGCGGGCUUGCUUUUUUGGGAGGGAGAAGGGGUUUGGCGAGAGGAGGGUUAGUCUUGAGAGGGAUAUUGGGGGAGUGGGAGCGGAGGUGGGUGGUUGGUUUGAGGGGAUUUUUGACGGGAGGAUACGUGAUGAGUGA